AUCGACUGAAAGGUUCCAACCUUAACUCGAUUUCUUUUUUCUGCCGGUAUAAAAGCACCUUUCCGCUGACCAAGAAGGCACAGUUUCUUCCAAACUUUCAACGCAUCAACAUGAAGAUCUUUAUUCUCGCUGCAUUGGUCGCCGUCGUAGCCUCACAAGGCUACCCCAAGCCACAGUACCCCAAACCGCAGUAUCCUGCCCCAGCAUACCCUGCUCCAGCUUACCCAGCUCCGGCUUACAAAGCUCCAGCGUACCCUGCCCCUGCCUAUCCGUCUCCGUCGUACAAGGCUCCCGAAUAUGCCCCCAUGCCAUACAGCUUUAACUGGGCCGUAAAGGACGAUCCCUCCUACAACGACUAUGCUCACCAAGAAACCGCUGAUGACAAGGGAUACGUUACUGGAUCUUACCGCACUCUUCUUCCUGAUGGUCGUGUUCAAGUUGUCAACUACAAAGCCGAUGAUUAUGGAUACGUAGCCGAUGUCCAGUACCAAGGAGAAGCCAAGUACGACUACAACAAGCCUGCUUACAAGCCCGCUGCUUACCCAAGCCCAGCGUACCCAAGCCCAUCUUACCCAAGCCCGUCAUAUCCUAGCCCAGCCUACCCAUCAGCUAAAUAUCCAACCAAAUAUUAGAUGAGCCAGCUAAGCUAUAAAUCAAUUGUAUACUAAAUUAUCGUGAACCGAAAUACAUUAUAUCGUGGCAAAAAACAAA